GGGGAGAGGGGGGGAACAAACAAAUGAGCGGGGUUUGUGUGUGUGUGUGUGUGUUGGCAAGACAUCGCAUCGGAGUGCGCGGGAGGAUUGAAUUGAAAUGGAAUUAGCGAGACAUCGACUAAUCCGGUCGUCGAGUGCCACGUGGCGCGCUUUCCCGCUGAUUUGUUUGUUGCUGAUUUUUUUGUUGCCCCCCUCUCUCGCUCUGUCUUCUUUCCAUCGUCACGUGUUCAGCUUCUCCCACUCUGCCAUUCUCUCUCAUCAAUCUUAGGGGUUGAUUUCUCAUCGUCCAUGAUGCCGUUGCCCUCCGCUCUUCUCGGCCGUUGAUCUCCUUCUUCAUCAUCGUCACCGGCUCUCCUCCUUUUCCUCCUCUCUUCUCCUUCUCCUUCUCCUCCUCCUCCACUUCCAUUCCCUCCUCGUCCUCCUCUUCCACCUCUCUCCUGCCCCUUCUCCCCUUCUUCCCCCUCUCCCUUCUCGUUUGUCUUUUCCUCGCCUUCCUCCUUUUCCUCUUCUUCUCCUCUUCUUCUCCCUCCUCGACUCUUCUUCGCUCUCUCUCCUUUGCUUCAACCUUCUACUAGUCUCCGUCCCUAAUUGGAUCCUCCUCCUCCUCCUCCCUCCCCUCUCUCUCCCCCUACCUUUCCUCCUCCUCCUCCUCCUCCUCCUCCCGCGUACAACACCUGUUCUCCUGCUGCCUCUCCAUCGGCUCUCCUCCUUUGUCUCUCUUCGUUGUCCUCUUGUCUAUCUCUUCUUCUUCUUCUCCUCGUCCUCGUCUUUUCUGUCAGUUUCCCUCCCUCCCUCCCUCCCUCCCUCGUAAAUCUCCUACCCUGUUGCCCAACUCAUGUGCGUUUGCCUUCUCUUUCAGCAUUCCUCUCGCACGCGGAGGCAGGGCGGAGCAGGGCGCAACGAGUGUGUUGCGCCAGGUACGACCUGCGCCGGGCCCCAACUGAGCGGGGGUUGAGCGCUGUAGUGCGACAUGUUGAGGGAAGCAGCGAAGGGAGCGGUCCUACCCUUCCGAUCUCCUUCAUUCGAUUGUCCUCUUCUCCCUCCCCGCUCCCUUCGUUAGCGUCUAUCAUCACAACGACGUCGCCACGCUGUCCUCCUCCCUCCACCCUGUCCUCCUCUCCCUCCAUCAACCUUAUAACAAGCUGCUUAUGCAGAGCAUGUCGAACUGCUGACUUGUCUUGCUGCUUCUUCUCUCUCUCUCCUCCUCCUAAUCAGUGGACAUCGUCUCCUCCCUUUCGACUAGUCAAUUCACGAGAAUUAAAAAUUGACUUUUUUCCCUUCGAUAAUCUUUAGCAACCUCAUUUAGACUUUCAUCAAUCGAUCAAUUGCGUAGCCCGGUGAGUUAGUCAAUCUAGCCAUCGAUUGAUCUGAUAGGUUCUCCAUCUCGUUAACAACCUGAUCCAUCCAAUCAAUCAAUCAAUCAAUCAAUCAAUCAAUCAAGGAAUCAAUUCCAAUCAAUCAAUCAAUCAAUCAAUCAAUCAAUCAAGCAAGCAAGCAAGCAAUCAAUCAAGGAAUCAAUCAAGGAAUCAAUCAAUUAAGGAAUCAAUCAAGGAGUCAAUCAAGGAAUCAAUUCCGAUCAAGGAAUCAAUCAAGGAAUCAAUCAGUUAAGGAAUCAAUCAAGAAUUGUGCGAGGACGUGUAAGGGGAGAGGAGAAAGGUCAAGAUGUGGCGCCUAAAGCAGUUUUACCCGAAAGAGACGGGCAGUCUAGAGGGGAAAAUUAUCGAAGUCGGAAGUUUAAGGGUACAGGUCCGGGACCUGAUUGCGCAAGGGGGUUUUUCAUCUGUGUACUUAGCGAAAUGCGUAUCGACUGGGCGCCUCUACGCUCUCAAACAGAUGGUUUGUCAGGAUCAGGAGUCGGAGCAAUUGAUUAAGAAGGAGAUUCAAACGAUGCUGGUGCUGAAAGGACAUCCAAAUAUCUUAACGCUGCAUGCGCAUUCCGUUUCGGACGUUGGGAGAGGGAGGGAAUGCUUCCUGCUUCUCGAUUACUGCGACAAGAUGCUUGUGAACGUCAUGGAGAGAAGAGGAGGGCCUUUCGACGAGAGACAGCUGUUGCUGAUCUUCCGAGAUGUCUGCAAUGCCGUAUUUGCCAUGCAUUCGCUGAAUCCGCCGAUUGCACACAGGGAUCUCAAGGCAGAGAAUGUAUUGAUGAGUACAGAUGGCACUUGGAAACUCUGCGAUUUUGGCAGUGUCUCCAUGAAGCAUAAGGUCUUUGAUCGUGCAGAAGAAAUGGGCGUGGAGGAAGACAACAUUCGGAAGCACACGACACCUGCCUAUCGGGCACCUGAGGCGAAGACUAAGGGCGAGCUGUUGUUUGCAGAUGUUGAGAUCGCACGAACACGAGUUGGUGCGAUGUUAGACCCAGGAUCAACGAGAUCCUACAUCUCCGAGAAGGCAAUCCGUAAGUUGCAUCUCGGCAUGAAGGUAUGGCGGAAGGUGAAUGAGAUGCUUCCUCCGGAUGUGCGAAAAUCGGCCCCUGAUCGGCCUCCGAAUGUGGGCAGGCAGCCAGCGGUGGUGGGACUGCACAAAGGGCCGAGUGAUCCAGCUGAGCGAAGGACUUCUGGGAUGGGACAGUCGAGACCAGCUCCACGGCAAACCAUGAAUCCGAGCCCAGAAAGGCAACGGCGAAGCUCUGGACCUGGUUCAACACCAGGGGCAGGUUCUUUUUGGGAAUCACAGUUUGCAAAGCAGCGGCCAGGGGACUGGGAAAAACCCUCGGUGCAAGAUCGACCACUCAGUGGCGGCACACUUGCAAGCCCACCCAGAAGUAGCAGCCCUCCUUCACGAGGGGGACGCAGGCCAUCGACGUCGUCAGCGACACCAGAAGAUGGGUUUGGGCCGGAGAUGGGUUCAAGUGGACUUUCGUCUUCGCUGCCGGCUCAGGGACACAAGGGUGGAUCUGGUGUGGGUAAGUUUUUCAAGAAGACUGGCGUGUCGAGUUUGAUGAAGAAGAUGCAGGGUUCUAUCCCAGGAUCACAUGCCUUCGCCUCCCCUCUUCACUCCAUGGACGAUGACGGAAUGGGUUUCAAGAUGAUGAGCGGUGAUGACGCGGACCCUGACGAUCACAAUGCGAGCACUUCAGGUUCGCAGCAUCACCAGCAGCCACAACAGCAAACACAGCAGCUGCAGCAGCAGCAGCAACAACAACAGCAAUCUCAGCAGCAGCAACAGCAAGGGCAAUUUCCGAGCAGGUCGUACGAGUGGAGUGGAGGAUUCGCAUCUGGUCGGUCUUCGCAAGACACAACGUCGACCGGGGGAAGCACUUUGCAAAAGAGCAGCGGGUCUGCAGUGAUCUCAACCGACCCACUUUUCAACGAGUUUGCCCUGGAGCUUGGGAACGGGAUGAACCUGAAUGCCGGACCAAAUGAAAGAGAUAGUGGUGUUGGCACGGCAGAGAGCAGUGGGAGGAGUCCGCUUCCACCGAGCAAUGAGCUGGAGAAGGUGAAAGAUGAGCUAAGACAAGUCUCUGCCGAAAAAGCGGAUUUGCUGUCGAAGCUGGAAAAGGUCGUCGCACUAGCGACCUCUCAGAAAAAGGAAAUCCAGGAUUUGAAGUCAACUGUGGCGGCAUUGGAGAAGCAGCUGAAUGCGGCGAGAGGUGGAGUUGGGAGUGGGGUUUCAGCCGGAGAGAACCUCCAGCGAGCUGGCGGCAGUGGCAGCGUUCAGGGUGUAUGGCAGGUCUUGGGAGGAGACCAGGCUUGGGGGACAGGGAAACAGAACGGGGCAAGUGCUAGUGGCGAUGGGCGUUCGCAGACGACAACUCCAGAGUGUACGUCUCCGACUUAUAUGUGGGAUACCCUUACGAAGGACCCGACAUCUCCACCGAUGCCAGGCAGUGGCUCCGGUGCAGGCCAGCAAGUGGGUUUUGAGGAUGUGUUUGGAGGGGAACCAUUUCGGACGUCCGCGGGCUCUGCUGCUGGAGGAGUUGGCCCCAGCGGUGAUGCCCGGAAUCCUUCUGAACAAGGUUCAAUCUGGGACAAGGUUGGAGGAGGAGGGUUAGACCCGUGGGGUUCACAGAGAGGAGGAGGACGGGGAGGAGGAGUAGGAGGAAGCACGUCAUCUGAGUUCUCACUGCCUGCUGUUGGUGCUGCUGCAGGAGGUGUAGGAGGAAGAGGAGGAAGAGAGAGGGUGGAUGAUGAUGGUGAUGGUGAUGAUGAGGUGGAGGUGGAGGUGGAGGUGGAUGAAGAGGAAGACGGAGAAGUAGGGGGAAAGGAUAACACUGUAGGAGUAUGGCGGAGGAGAGAAAAGCAGUUGUGAAGAAAAGGACAAAACUGUGAGGAUAGAGGAUGGAAGGCGGCGGGGAGGAGGAGGAGGAGGAGGAGGUGAUUGGAUAGGAGGAGGAACGUUGACUACCUUUUUAUCGGGUCGGUGUUGUUUGUGUUGUUGACAUAGCUGAUAGCUCUAACCAACCAAUCAGUCGGUAUGCAAUGCACUUUGGCAGGUGAUGGGAGCAGGAGUGUGUGUCGCAAGUGGCGCAGUCCUUUUGGCGAAACCAAUGCGGGUUGUGUUCGGCAGAUGGGUGAACAGAGGUGAGGGACAGGUAAUUGUUGAAAAUGGUCACCAACCUGCCAAUCUUGCAAAUAGAUUUGUUAUUUUGAUUGGAUCAUUUUGAUGCAGUUUGCCAUCGUCUUGUUCUGGUCCGUUGAUUUUGAUCCUUUCUGGUUCCAGUUUCAGUGUCCCUUGGAUGGCCAUGGCCCCACAGGUACCGCCGUAUCUGGUGGUUGGCCCUUGUCUUGUGUUGAGUAGCAUGGUAGGCAAGGUAAUUCUGAGUGUUCAUUUGCGGAAGAUGGCUAGAUGGGAAGAUAGUUGUUAGUUGAUGAGGAUGAGGGUAGGGAUCUUGAUAGGUUAGGUACGCUGAUUGUCACGACUGAUGGGGUCACUGAUAAACACCUAGGUCUCCUUGUUUUUCUAUGUUAGACAUCGUGAUGUGGACAGGGAGCCGGAUUCUCACCGGACGUGUCUUGAAGCGGGUGUUUGGGAUGCCGGUGAGCAUGGCACAAGUCAGGUAUGUAAUUUGUGAGUACUGGCCGUCGGAUUUGCACAGAUGAAGCAUCUUCUUCUUCUUCUUCUUCUUCUUCUUUUUUAAUGAGAAUUCUGGAUGCUCCAGUCUAUUGGUGGGGAGAGGCACCUGGUGGACGAAGCAUCUGAUCUGCAGAAAUAGGUAUGCAGUUGUCUUUGUUUUUUAACAUCUGAUUGUUUUUUUUUUUGCCCUCUUCUUUUCAAGUUCUUUUCAUUUAAAACUGUUUCCAAGCUUUUGGCUCUUCUUGCUUGAGUGAAUGCUGGCUGAUCGUGCCCGAGAUACGGCCUCUGAUUGCACAUUGAAAAUAUCCUUCACGCGCCAGCUUCUUUUUUUUUUUUUUUUUUUUUUUUUGUUGGGCCCCAGCUUUUCAGGACUCACGGAUACGCUUUGCUUCCUUCAGCCCUGCAUGGCUUUUGUCGGACUCCUGGUAUUUUGAAGGUAGGCUCUGCAUGAACCAUCAUUGCGAUUGGAUCCCAAUUCCGGU